AUGUUUGAAAAAAUAUAUUUUUCAAUUACUGAAAAUGAAUUAUAUUAAAUAUUAUUAAAAAGAGGCUACAAAUGUUGUAGUUUUAUGAUACAUUAGAACUGUAAAUAAACAAGUAUAACGCACAACAAAAGUAGUUGACUUAUAUGUAAUAAAUAUACAAUGCAAUGAAUGUUCUACAUUUAUAGUAGAAUAAUUGUCGAAACGUUCAAUGACAGAAAUUCUUGGAAAUACUUAUUUACAGCUUAUUUUCUGAGAUGUUCAUAUUUUUGUACAGUAUUCAUAAAUGCGGUGCUGUAUACCAUAUACUUUUUCUUAACAAUAUUAACAGUGCAUACAAAUGUAUGCUUUCAAAUGGAAACUACAUGUUUCCAUAGCAACAGCUUUUGCACUUUGUCACAACAUUAUAUACUGUGUACAUUGAAUAGUAAAAUAGUAUAGUAAACAUUUUGUGAAACAAAGAAUUGUUAAAAGUUUGUAAAUAAAAAGCUGUUACUCCUACAACAUGAGUACUUUUAUACAAAAUAUUCAGAUUAAGGAUGGAGAAUAUACAAAAACAAUUUAUACGAUGAUUAAGGAACAACGGUACAUAGAAACAAUAAAAGUUUUACUUGCACUUUUAGAUAUAUAUCCUACUUCCAGACCCUGCUUGUCUCUUCUCGCUCACUGUUAUUUUUAUACUCAAGAUUUUAUAGCUUCUGCACAGUGCUAUGAAAAAUUAGUUCAAUUGUGUCCAGAUGAAAGUAUAUACAAGUUAUAUCAUGCUCAAUCUUUGCAUCAAGCAUGUAUGUAUCAGGAAGCUUGGACUAUAUGUUCAAAUAUUAUUAACCAAAGUAAUCUAGAAUUUAAAGUAAAAAAGCUGCAAGCAGCAAUAAAAUAUGGUCAAGAUGAUAUGGUUGCUGCAAAAAAUCUUGUUGAUCAAUGUCCAGUUGAUGACGUUGAUACAGAAAUUAAUUUAGGAUGUCUUUUAUACAAGGAAGAGCAGUAUGAACAAGCUUUGAAAAAGUUUGCAAAUGCAUUACAAAUUGCAGGUUUUAAACCACAUUUAUCAUAUAACGUUGCACUUUGUUAUUUUAAAUUAAAGGAAUAUGCAGCAUCCUUAAAACAUAUUGCUGACAUAAUCGAACAAGGAAUAAGAGAACAUCCAGAAUUAGGAGUUGGCAUGACAACAGAAGGUAUAGAAGUACGCAGUGUUGGUAAUACUUUAACGCUUCAUGAAACAGCUUUAACAGAGGCAUUCAAUUUAAAAGCAGCAAUAGAAUAUCAACUGCAAAAUCUUGAAGCAGCAAAAGAAGCAUUAACAGAUAUGCCUCCCAGAUCUGAAGAAGAGCUUGACGCUGUUACUUUGCAUAAUCAAGCCUUAAUAAAUAUGGACACAAAGCCAAGCGAAGGAUUUGAAAAACUUUCGUUUUUAUUACAACAAAAUCCAUUCCCACCUGAAACUUUUGCAAACUUAUUAUUGUUAUAUUGCAAAUACCAAUACUAUGAUUUAGCUGCAGAUGUACUUGCUGAAAAUGUACACUUGACUUACAAAUAUUUAACAUCAUAUUUAUAUGAUUUUUUGGACGCAUUAAUUACGCAACAAACUUCACCAGAAGAGGCGUAUCGCAAAUUUGAUGAUCUUGGCAAUAAGCAUAUGGAAAUAUUGCGAAAAGCUACAAAAAGAGUACAAGAAGCGAGAUUAAAUCAUGAUGAUAGUGCUGUUAAAAAAGCAGUUAACGAUUAUGAAGAAGCCUUAGAGAGAUACAUACCAGUUUUAAUGGCACAAGCUAAAAUUUACUGGGAUCUUGAGAAUUACGUGCAAGUUGAAAAAAUUUUUAGAAAAAGCGUAGAAUUCUGUAACGAACAUGAUAUAUGGAAGCUAAACGUAGCUCAUACCCUUUUCAUGCAAGAAAAUAAAUUUAAAGAAGCAACAGGAUUUUACGAACCAAUUGUUCGAAAAAAAUACGAUAAUAUUUUAGACGUAAGUGCUAUAGUACUCGCUAAUUUAUGCGUUAGUUACAUUAUGACGUCUCAAAAUGCCGAAGCUGAAGGAUUAAUGAAAAAAAUAGAAAAGGAAGAGCAAGCAGUCUCGCGAGAAGAUCAGGAUAAAAAAUUAUUUCAUUUGUGUAUUGUAAAUUUAGUAAUUGGAACAUUGUAUUGUUCCAAAGGGAAUUAUGAAUUUGGUAUAUCUAGAGUAAUGAAGAGUUUGGAACCCUAUAAUAAAAAGUUGGGGACCGACACUUGGUUUUACGCGAAAAGAUGUUUCCUAUCUCUUUUAGAACAACUAGCCAAACAGUUGGUGGUUUUAAAAGAUACUACAUUACAAGAAUGUAUACAAUUUUUGGAACAUUGUGAAGUUUAUGUUAUAGUUUACGGAAGAGACGUGAUGACAGUAGUAGAGCAACUCUUUGACAUACAGGAUGUGUAUAACAUCACCCCCCAAGGAAAACAAACAGUUGUAUAUGAAGCGCGUUACUUAAAGGCUUUAUUUUUAAAAUUACAAAUGUCUUAAAUGUAUAUACAGCAGCGUGUAUUACAGCAUUGAGUAUUUACUGUAUAGGUUCAUAUAACAGAAAAAGUUAUUAACAAAAAUUUAUUGAUAACAAGUGCUACAAUAUUAACUUUUGCUCGGGCCCCGCGAAAUUUAGUGGGGGUUCUGUAUGUAGGUAAGCACAUAAGUUACUAUUUCUAUUGAAUUUGUACAAAAGGACGCCAUCUCGUGAGAGAAAAUAAAUACAUAUAUACAUACAUACAAUUUGUACAAAAUAAUUGAAAGAAAAGUAAUGUUUAGUAUUGUAAAGAAAUUGCUUUUUGAGACCCAUAAAAUGCAAUUUCAAUAAACUAUGAAUAUAAAGCUUCAAACUCAGU